CAAUCUUUUCUGUUAUUCAAUUCAUCAUCUUCCCAACUGUACUUUGACAUCUAUAGUCCCUUUUAUCCCAAAAAGAAUUUCUUCUUUCUGUCAAAAAUAUCACUUUUUUCCCUUGUAAAAUCUCCUGCUUUCUGCUAAAAGAUUUUCAUUUUCUUUGUCUUUUCACCUCAAUGUUUUCUGCCACAAGAUUUAAAUGUUUCUGUUACUAAAUUCUUGCUUUCUGUUGAAAAAAUUCUCUUCUUGUUCCUGCUAAAACGACCUCGUUUUUGUCCAUUAAGUUCUUGUUUUCUGCUCAUUAAGUUCAUUUUUUUCUGUUGAGUACUUGUUUUGUGCUAAAAAGAUUCAUUUUUUUCUGUGGGGUUCUUGUUUUCUGUUUAAAGAUUUCAUUUUUUUUAUGUUAAGGUGUUGUUUUGAGCUAAAAAGAUUCAUUUUUUUUGCUGUGGGGUUCUUGUUUUUUGUUCAAAAGUUUCAUUUUUUUGUGUUAAGGUGUUGUUUUGAGGUAAAAAGAUUCAUUUCUUUCUGUGGGGUUCUUGUUUUUUGUUCAAAGAUUUCAUUUUCUACUGUUAAGUUGUUGUUUUGAGCUGAAAAGAUUCAUUUUUUUUCUGUGGGUUCUUGAUUUCUGUUCAAAGAUUUCAUUUUUAUUUGUGUUGUUUGGAUUUAGUUCAAAAGAUUCAAUCUUUAUUGAUUAAUCCAUUAAUGGGGUGUUCAGCUUCUCGUUCCUAUGACUUUGUUACAACAGAUCCACAAAAUCCAUGGAAUUAUUCAUCUUCUUCACAUUCACAAUCUCCAUAUUCAUACUCAGAUUCAUCUUCAACUCCAGUUUCAAGAACCCUUUCUCUUCCAACUCCUUUGGUUCAUCAUCCUGCUAUGUGCAAAGGAGAUACAAAUCAUUUGGUUUCUCUUACUUCCACUACUUAUGGUUCCCUUGUUUUAAUUGACCCCCAAAUUCCAAACCCUAACCCUAACCCUAAUUUCCAUGAUGGAAAUUUCAAGAACCCUACUACCCAAAUGACAAAAUCCCUAAAUGGGACUGAACCACAAGACCCUUUAUCUCCUGAUUCAGUAAUCAACACUUGGGAGCUCAUGGAAGGACUUGAUGACUUUGAUUUCCAUAUGGUGCAGUCCAAGAUUGAGUCCCCUAGAAAGGUUAAGUCUAAGAGUCUUGAUAUCCAUAGUGAAUUGGAUACAAGUGAGUUGGAAAAAACCUAUGAGUUUGUUGAGCACUCGGAUUCAAAGCCGUUAUGGAAGCAUUUGUCUGAGGAACAAUUGCUUGCUAAAAUGGAUCCUAAUGUAGCUUCAAGCUAUAGACAAGCAUUGUCUUCCAAAAGAUUUGUGUACAAAGAAUCAGAAGAUUGUCCAAAGCCCGAAAUUGUUAGUUCGAUAGAGUUAGAGUCGAGUAACACAAGUUUGUUGGCUGAAAAUGAUUUCCAUUUAAAGGGUAAGGAGGAUAAAAUACAGCCUGAAAUUGUUAGUACGAUAGAGCUAGAGUCAAGUAAUGCAAGUUUAUUGAGCUCAUUGUUGCCCAAUAAUGAUGUCCAUUUAAAGGGUACAGAGGAUAAGAUUGUUCUAUAUUUUACUAGUUUAAGAGGAAUCAGGAAGACUUAUGAAGAAUGCUGCACAGUGCGAACGAUCUUUAGAGGUUUUCGGGUGUGUGUGGAUGAAAGAGAUGUAUCUAUGGAUUCAUCAUAUAGGAAAGAGUUGCAAAGCGUUUUGGAAGGAAAAGUGAUUAGCUUGCCUCAAGUGUUUAUUGGAGGAAAGUACAUUGGUGGUGCAGAAGAGAUUAAGCAACUUCAUGAGGCUGGAGAACUGGCUGAGCUCGUGGAAGGCUUUGCAGUAAAGCAUUCUGGUUUUGUUUGUGGAAGCUGUGGCGAUGCAAGGUUUGUACCCUGCCCAAAUUGCAAUGGAAGUCGAAAAGUAUUUGAAGAGGAGGAAGGGAAGUUGAGGAGGUGCCCCAGUUGUAAUGAAAAUGGACUGAUUCGAUGCACUGGCUGUUGCCCGUGAAUAUUGAUUCACAUUUGUCAUGUACAUGCAUCCACUAUUUUAUUCAAGGUCUAUGAAUUUAUGUUACUACUUAUGUAUUGAUAUUGAAAUGUGCAGUGUCCUCUUGUAGACCGAUUUCAAGUAUCCAUAUUCUCUAGCCUUGGAAAAUUUCAUGUUCAUUUUCUUUUUGAACAACUCGAAAGUAAUAAAAUCUCUGCAGUCUGCAGUAUGUUCUU